AUGAAUUUCGACUAUCCGCCUGAGCUUCAGGCCUACCUCGCCAAGCUCGACGCCUUCAUCAAGGCUGAUAUUCUUCCCAUGGAGGAGGAGAACAUUCAAUUCUUUGAUCACCGUCGAGAACCAUCGCGAACACAAUGGGACAACCAAGGCCUGCCCACGCCUGAGUGGGAAGCGCUCUUGGCACGGGCGCACAGGAUUGCUGACGAGUCGGGCUUCUACCGUUUCGCGCUGCCCAAAGAAUACGGAGGCCUCGAGCACGAGGAUACCAAUCUUUGGAUGUGCGCCAUUCGAUUCCACUUGGCUUCGAAUCCCCUGUACGGCGGAGGAGUGAGUCUGGCCAACGAUCUGCAAACGGAGCACAGUGUCGUGGGCAAUUUUCCGGAUUUCCUCAUGCUCUAUCACUGGGGCAGUACCAAACAGAAGGAUGAGUACAUCCCAGCGCGACUCAGGGGGGAUUUCCGCAUGACCUUUGGCUUGACGGAGAUCCAUCACGGCAGCGACGCAACGCACAUGGACACCAAGGCCACGACCAUCAAGCUCAAAGACGGAUCGCCCGGCUUCAGUAUCAGCGGCAACAAACGAUGGCAGACUGGCGCCCACCAUGCCACGCACUUUCUAAUCUUUGCACGGACGGCUGGCAAGGCUGGCUCAGCGCACGGCAUCACGGCCUUUCUCGUGCCACGCGCAACACCGGGUGUGUCCAUUGCCUCGUACGAGUACACGCUCAACAUGCCCACCGACCAUGCCACGGUGCUGUUGGAAGACGUUCAAGUGCCAGACUCGGCCAUCCUGGGCCCGUUGCAUGGCGGCCUCGCCAUCGCCCAGACCUUCACACACGAAAACCGCAUCCGCCAGGCGGCCAGUUCCUGCGGCGCUGCCAAGUUCUGUGUCGAUAGGUCCAUUGGGUAUGCACGAGAUCGCGUCGUAUUCGGCAAGCCGUUGGCGUCGAACCAGGCGAUUCAGUGGCCACUCGUCGAGCUCUCGACGCAAAUUGAGAUGCUCCGCCUCCUGAUCCUGCGCACAGCGAGUGAGAUGGACCGGGUGCAGCGAGAGUACGCGUCUGGCAAGGAGGUCCCGGCGUGGGUGGCCAUUGAGGAGCAGCUAGGUCACAAGAUCAGCAUGUGUAACUACUAUGCCAACCGACUGGUGUGCCAGGCUGCCGACAACGCGAUCCAGGUCCAUGGAGGCAACGGGUACAGCCGGCAUCAGCCAUUUGAGCACAUUUGGAGGCACUUUCGUCGGUAUCGCAUCACGGAGGGGAGUGAGGAGGUGCAGAUGCGCAAGGUGGCGGGAUACUUGUUCGGGUUCAAGACAGGGCGUGAGAAGAAGGGGAAGUUGUAG